AUGCUUAGUUUUGGAGGUCAUUCCAAUUUGGACAUUCAAACAAGUUUGAAAAAGGCAUGCACUGCAGACGUGGCUGCUCCGAAAAGAAAACAUGUUAGAGCCUGCAUCGUUUAUACUUGGGAUCAUAAGUCGUCUCGGGAGUUUUGGCAUUGUCUUAAGCUAUUGCCAAUUCAGUCAAACGAUAUUCAGAUAUUCAAGACAUUGAUCGUUAUUCAUAAAGUCUUGCAAGAAGGUCAUCCAACUUGCUUAAUAGGAGGGUUCAAAAACAUCAGUUGGCUCGAAAGUCUCAGCCGAUUCUCUAACAACGGUACUUCGGCAGGUUACACGAGAUUGAUCAAGGAAUAUGUUUUCUACUUAGAGCAGAAGCUGAAAUUUCAUCACGAUCAUAGGGGAUUCAACGGAAUGUUUGAGUAUGAAGAAUAUGUCUCAUUGAGAACUGUUAGUGACCCCAACGAAGGUUUUGAAUCCAUUAUGGACUUACUCUCUUUGCAAGAUUUCUUGGAUAACCUACAGAGAGUAAUAUUCUCCUCUAUACGACAUACUUCGGAAUCAGAGUGCGUGAUUAGUUCACUCGUUCCAAUUAUCGCCGAAUCUUACGGAAUCUACAAGUUUUUGAUUUCAAUGCUGAGAGCUUUAUACAAGUCAUCCGAGACUGAGGAAGUGAUUGCGCCUUUGAAAGAUCGGUUUGACGUUCAGCAUCAUCGUCUUUUUGAGUUUUAUGCUGAUUGCUCUUCCAUCAAGUAUCUGACAACUCUUGUUACAAUUCCAAGAUUACCUUCGAGUCCCCCAACUCUUGAAGAUGAAGAGGACCCACAAGGGUACCCCUUAACGAGAGAAAGAUCCUCAGUUAGCAAUUCCGAGGAAUCCAGUAUACCGCGUUCUAGUAAUAUUCAGUCUCAACCUACUGGGGCCAUGGUUGACUCGUUUGAGAGGCAGCAACAAGAGUUGGAAGAACAACAAAGAAAGGCAGAAGAGAGAAGGCAAGCUGAACUUCUUGAACAACAGAUGUUACAGCGAGAUCAAGCGCGUUUUUGGGAGGAACAGCAAAGGCAACAAGCUGUAUCCCAGGAGCUUGCUCAGAGUCAGCUGCUAGCCGACCAAAUGCAACGACAAGCUCAAGGGAAGUUGGCUCAAUUAGAACAGGAUUUGUUGACUCUAGGAGGGCAGCAUGAGAGGGACCAAUUGAUGCUCGAACAAUACGACCAGAGGGUAAAAGUUCUGGAGAACGAGUUGAGGAUUGUGACACAAACUGCUGAGGAACAAUUAGCAGUCAAGACAUCACAGUGUUCUCAUUUGGAGGAACAGGUUCAGUACUGGAAGAAUAAGUAUGAAUCACUUGCCAAAUUAUAUUCCCAGCUUAGACAAGAGCAUCUGAAUCUUUUGGGCAAAUUCAAGACUGUUCAACAAAAGGCUGCGUCAGCUCAGGAAUCUAUAGACAAACGAGAGAAACUUGAGAAGGACUUGAAAGCGAAAAAUAUUGAAUUAGCAGACUUGAUUAAGGAAAGAGAUCGCGCAAGACUUGACUUGGCUAGGAUAAAAGGAAAUGAUUCCGAGCAGGUUCAACUGUUGAGGACCCAGCUGCGGGACAUGGAGUCCAAGUUAAAGUUGCUCGAAGAAACACAUUCUCAAAACCUAGCAUCAGUUUUUGCGCAACACAGCAAAGAGAUUGAGGAAAUCAAGGCAAGCGCAUCUGAGCUCAAAGGAGGUGAAUCAAACGAAGCUGCGCAACAAGAAGUACAGAUGUUGCAGCAAGCAAUGGAUGAUACUAUGCAAGAGUUGGCAGAGCAACAUCAGGCCAUUGAAAAAGAAGCUGAAACAAGAGUUCUUCGGUUGAUAGACACAUUGCUUAAAGUAAGCACUGAUCGUCUUCGUGAGUUCGUUUUCAACCUUGAGUCUCCAGUGUACUCUAAUACUGACAUUCCAACUGCAGAGUACCUAGGUACCAUGUUGGAGAAAGUUUCCCACUUGAGUACUCAGUUUUCCACCACCAUGACAGAUUACAUCGCAGAUAAUAUGAGAGGAGACAGUGAAAGUGGCCUCAUCAAAGCUAUCACAGAGUUUACUGAUUCGAUCGGCAAUUUGUUCUCAAAUGUUAAGGCGGUUCUUCGUGAUCGUAAGGACGAUGUGCAGGAAAUUCUUGUCGAGGGCGCAAAAGACCUUGCUCACAUGGUUGAGCUAUUUUUCGAAUCGAUGCUUAGCGACCACUUGUUGAAGCUGGAAAUUCAUGAAAGGACCGACAGAGUCAUCACUGGCAACAUCAAUGUGCAAGAAGUCAUUCAAAGCUUGAUGCAGGUCGUCGAAGUAUUCAGGGACCCUGGUAGGAAAAGCCCCGUUUCCUCUGACGAACUUGGCUACUUCUUAGACAAGGAGCUUGCAAACACACAAGCAGCAGUUGAAAAGGCAGCAGACCUACUUGAGUCAAUGUCAACCCGACACAAGCUUGAGGUCCAGGAGGGUGGUUCCCUUGAGGUAAAUGAAGCAAUCAUCUCUUGCGCUAGUGCUAUCAUAAAUGCUGUCAAAUUGCUGUUGGAAGCUUGUAUAGAAGCACAGGAGGAAAUUGUAUCUCGUGGAAAGGGGUCCUUGUCCAGAGCUUUAUUCUACAAGAAAAAUAAUCGCUGGACCGAAGGUCUUAUAUCGGCCUCAAAACAAGUUGCUUACGCAACUGGUAUACUCAUUAGAAUGGCAGACGGUGUUUUAGCCGGAACAAACUCGAGUGAGGAGCUAAUUGUCGCAUCUAACGAGGUUGCAUCGGCUACUGCGCAGCUAGUCUCUUCUUCCCGUGUUAAGUCGGAUCUAAUGUCACAAAGCCAUUUAAAUUUGGAGGAAGCAUCAAGGAAGGUUACAUCUUCCUGCAAAAUGUUAGUCACCAAGGUUAGGAGUCUUUUGCUCACCGACGAGAGCAAUAAACGAACAGCUGAGCUCGAACAGCAGGUGGAGAUACUCAAACUCGAAAGUGCACUUUCUCAGGCUAGGAAACGGCUCGGUGAAAUUAGAAAAUUCAGCUACAGAGAUGAAGAAUCCUAG